AUGGUGAAGUUUGUUCUCACGGGCGUCACUGGUCAGUUAGGAUCGAAAGUCUUCAAACAUCUUCUUGAUCUUGUACCAGCUUCUGACAUCGCCGUUGUAGUUCGCAGUACAUCGAAGAUUCCACCCGAAAUCGCCUCUUCCAAUGUUGAAGUUCGCGAAGGUGAUUUCGGUAAACCCGAACUCUUGGAUAUUGCAUUCAAAGAUGCUGAAAGAUUACUGCUCAUCUCAGUGCCCAGUAUUGAACAUGAAUUUCGUGUCAAACAUCAUGUCAUCGCCAUCGAUGCAGCGAAACGAGCAAAUGUUAAACAUGUCUAUUAUACUUCUCUCAUGUUUGGUACUGAUACACAAGGUCAUCUGAUCGAUAGUGUGGCUCAUGUCAUGCAAGCUCAUCUCGACACGGAAGCAUAUCUGAAGAAAAGUGGCUUAANUUCACACUCCAUUGAACGAAAUCCUACGAAAAGAAUGAUCAUUCGACACCAUCGACUACAUUGCGCGUUGAAUGAUGUUUGUACUCUUGAACGGGAAUCAGUUAAUGAAAUGUUACUGAUUUUGAGAAAUUAUGAUCCGAAAUGA